CACACGUUUGCUAUCGCAGUCCGUAUCAUGGACUCCCCUUUAGUCAAUCGCAUUUUCAGGCGUCUGUUUGCGCAUGAAACAUGUUCUCGAUAUCGUAUUUAUCGGCCCCGAAAUAUCAAUGGCUCUCAAGCUUCCCUCACGCAAGCGCGAUACUUCUUGUGGGAUGCACAGGAACGUGAGCAACAGAAGAGAUAUGGAGGGAAUGAGAAAGCGCGGAAGGACAACUUCUGGAGGGCAAGGAAUGAUCUCUUACUCACCGAUCACAUCGAUGACUACAAGAGAUUCCCUCUAGUUACUGCAGAUCAUUUGCGUCCGCGAAAAGAGAGGCCCAAACGUGUGAAGAUGACUGUAAGGGACUUCAUAGAAGACAGUCUCUACAACCCCAACUAUGGCUACUUCUCCAAACAAGCCGUCAUCUUUUCUCCGGGCGAACCAUUUGACUUUCAGAAUAUGAAAGACGAGCCAGAAUUCUACAAAAUCCUCGGAAAUCGCUAUAGUGAAUUCGAGGACGAGCUAGAUGCGCAGGAAGUGAACGAGACGAGGCAGCUAUGGCACACACCUACAGAAUUGUUUAGACCCUAUUAUGGAGAGACCAUGGCCCGCUACAUGGUAGCCAAUUAUCAGCUGUUAUUAUAUCCUUACUACGAUCUCAUUAUAUACGAGAUGGGCGCGGGAAAUGGCACUAUGAUGUUGAACAUACUUGACUACAUACGCGCAAACCAUCCAGACGUUUACCAAAGGACGCAGUACAAGAUCAUUGAGAUCUCGUCCUCGCUGGCAACAUUGCAGAACAAACAUCUGCGGGAAUCCGCAACGUCGCAAGGACAUAUCGAUAAGGUCGAGAUCAUCAACCGCUCCAUCUUCGAUUGGGACACCUACGUUUCAUCGCCUUGUUUCUUUCUUGCACUUGAAGUUUUCGACAAUUUUGCCCAUGACGCGAUACGUUAUGACCCUAAGACGGCAGAGGCGCUACAGGGACACGUCUUAAUCGAUGGCAACGGCGACUUUUAUGAGAUCUACGAGCGUGAGAUCGAUGCCGUGGCGCUUCGCUACCUCAAGGUCCGGGACCUCGCGGCGACGAUGCCUUUUCAGACCCCACUACGACGUCCAGGACUGAUACGGCGACUGCUAAAUCAGAAGACGUAUACUCAGCCUCAGCUAUACCGCCGAGUAAGGAGGCAAGGCAACCUCACGAUACCAGAGUAUAUCCCAACCCGCCUCAUGCAGUUCUUUGACAUCCUUCACAAUUACUUCCCCGCACAUCGUCUGCUCGCCAGCGACUUCCACACACUGCCUGAUGCCGUAGUUGGCAUCAAUGGGCCAGUCGUUCAGACUAGAUAUCAAAGGCGAAUGAUUCCCGUAUCAACCCCCCUAGUCCAACAGGGCUACUUCGACAUCCUCUUCCCUACAGAUUUCAAAGUGAUGGAGGACAUGUAUCGUGCCAUCACGGGAAAGUUUACACAGGUAAUGUCCCACGAAGCUUUCAUGAACCGCUGGGCAUACGUGGAGGAUACGCAAACGAAGUCUGGGGAGAACCCAUUGCUCAGCUGGUAUAAGAAUGCCAGUUUUAUGAUUACUGUGUAGAUAAUUGUGUCGUUUCUGAAGAGAACGCUGCCUACGGUUAGAGACUUCACAACAAUCCAUUCAAAAUCACGCAAAUAAGACCCAAUUACUUCUGCCUGGGGCUACAAAAUCCAUAUACUUUUAUUGCUACCUAUUCCUAAGCGCCUGCCAACGUGGUAUCAUCAUAUUGUGUAC